CCUGCUCUCAGCUGCUCCGUCUGCGCUGCGCAACGUGGGGCGGGAAGGGAGGAGCCGCGCGGCUGCAGCAGGGCCUGGCCGGGCCGGACGGUUGUGUGCAUAAGCAACAUAUAUUACCUACAGAUCUGAUAUUUAACAUGCAGAAGAGUAGAGGUCGGACAGGUAGAAAGAGAAGAAGAAAACAUUUUAAAGAUUUGACUUCAGGUGGAGUAAGCUAUAGUCACAAAUUGGAAUAUAUACAGCUUAAGAAAUGGCUGAAAGAAAGGGGAUUUGAAGACAAUCAUUUAAAGCCAGCACAAUUUUCAGAUACAGGAAGAGGACUAUUGACCACAAAAGCUUUUCAGGCAGGAGAGUUGAUUAUUUCAUUGCCUGAAAAAUGCUUACUCACCACUGCCACUGUCCUUAAUAGUUACCUUGGGAAAUACAUUGUAAGAUGGAAGCCUCCCCUGUCUCCUUUGAUAGCACUUUGUACAUUUUUAAUAGCAGAGAAACACACUGGGGAAAGAUCUCCGUGGAAGCCUUACCUUGACAUUCUACCAAAGACAUAUACCUGUCCUGCUUGUUUGAAACAAGAAGUAGUGAAACUUCUUCCUGAUCCCUUAAGAAGGAAGGCUCAGGAGCAAAGAACAGUGGUCCAGGAGCUUCACUCCUCGUCCAAGCCUUUCUUCUCUUCCCUGCAGCCUUUGUUAACAGAGAAUGUAGAGGCAGUUUUUACCUAUGAUGCCCUGCUGUGGGCUUGGUGUACCAUUAAUACAAGAACAGUGUACAUGAAACAGCCACAGAAGGAAUGCUUCUCUAGAGAGCCAAAUAUUUAUGCACUAGCUCCUUAUUUAGAUCUGCUCAAUCAUAGUCCAAAUGUUCAGGUGAAAGGCAUCUUUAAUGAGCAGACGAGAUGUUAUGAAAUUAGGAUGGAUUCACACUGCAGAAAAUAUGAAGAAGUGUUUAUCUGUUAUGGACCUCAUGAUAACCAGCGGCUCCUGCUAGAAUAUGGAUUUAUUGCCAUUGAUAACCCACAUAGUAGUGUUUAUGUCUCAACAGGGGACAAGAAGAGGAAUACAAAACUUUCCAUUCUAAAGGAUCAUGGCUUUUUGGAAAACUUGACGUUUGGAUGGGAUGGGCCAUCUUGGAGACUGCUUACAGUUCUCAAGCUGUUGUGUCUUGGAGCAGAUGAAUUUGCUUGCUGGAAGAGAGUGCUACUCGGUGAUGUGAUUUCAUCUGGAAAUGAAGAGAAAGCUUUGAAACUAGCAACAAAAAUAUGUUUUUCUUUAAUAGAGGAGACACAGCAUGUCCUUCAUCAGAUUUCCAAGUUGAAAAAGGAUAAUGUACACCUUGAAGCCCAGCUGGCUUUGAUAAAGGGACUGCACCUGGAAGACCUAAGGAUCUUGCAAAAGUCAGCAGAGAUUCUGUCCAACUUGAAUGCUACAGCCGUUUGACUGCUUGAGAAGGUUGUUCAUGUCUGUUACAACUCAGUGGAUCUCACUGGCCAGGAGUUACAGGCCUGCCUGACUCAGACACCAUAAGUGACCAGUAACUGCAAAAUAAUAAUGUUAAAUUCUGGUGAAAAUGGGUCCAGCUUUGUUUACAUGUAUUCAUACCAGAUAUGGGAUCAUAUUCUGUACUGGAUCACCUAAGAAAUACAUCAUGGAACAGGAGUCGGCAACAUAUGGCUUGUGGGCUGGAUCUGGCCUAUAGAAUCUUUGGACCCAGCUGGCAGAUACGGGGCUUCAGUAACUUUCAGUGGCCAGGAGCACUGGCUAUAGGCUCUGUGCCUAUGCUGUUAUGGGGACCAGCAGUGGCAGCUGCAGAGUCCUAACACCUGUCUUCCUCCAAUUUGGGAUGGGCCAUUCUGGCCCUUAGUCAGAACAGGUUGCCUACUUCUGGCAUAGAUAAUGCAGCUGAAGGGAAAGGGGGACAAAGGUAGGUUUCUGUCUCUGAGUCAUUCCGAUUCGGGAGGAUCAGUGUUUGGAACUUUCCACUGCCUAUGGACUGUAUGGGAGCCCAGUAUCUCUCUCUGGGCCCUCUAGCUUACUAAUGACCUCUUUAACUUUCCUGCCAUGCCUUAAACUUAUAAGUAAGAUCAGGAAACUGGCCAUAUCUAGUCUUCAUCCUCUCAGGUACUGAUACUGGCUCCUGCACACUUAUGUAGGCAUCCUUUUUGUUUCUUCUGUUAAGGGGUGCCUGCUUGAAUCCUCCCACAAUAGAGGUGACUAACAGGACCUCUCACACUCUGCAAUUUUACCGCUCUUGUAUGGUCCCAGUGAGUCUCUCUUAUUUUCAUACUCCCUCUUAGACACUCUGUGAAGGAUCAGUCCAUUGGUUCCCAGGGAGCUUGGCAAUUCCCCUCAGCCCUUCAGGGGUGUGUCCUUAUUAGCAGCACAGUGAAUGCACAUACAUGUGGCUUGUGGCACUGCAAGCCGCACAUGCGCGCUUGUGGGGACGUGCCCAUCACGACUAACUUUUGUGUUUUAACUUGUCAGGUUCUGACUGAACCUGAGUUUAGAACACUUCCUUCAUGUCUUGUGUAUCCAAUCUGUGGAAUGGUUUAUGGAUUUUCAUAUAUUUAUGACAUUUUUAUGAAUGUUUUUAUAUAGAAGGAUCUUGGUUCUUCAUUACAUUAUUAGUCACAAUUCAACAAAAGCAUGUAUUUAAAAAUGUAAAUAAAAAUGAAUUGUAUAUAACUGUGUGGAAGUAGAAACAAUUGCAAACUCUGUCAUUUAAAAAAAACAGUACUUAAAAACAGUGCAAGAAUAUAAACUUAUCAAGAACGUGGAGUUUA